GUAAAGGUAGACCCCAUUUUAAUUGAAGUUCCACUAAAAUUGGUCGAUGAGAAUUGAGAUCCCAAGUAGCGGACGACCACGGGGAAAAAGGCUUCAGCUUCAUCGGCUUCGUCACUUCCAGUCACUCUGUCGGUCUCACCGUAAGGGCUCGCAAAUGGAGGAACCGAACGGGACGGAGACGCCCAACGGCGUCGGCGCGGUCUUCGUGGAGGUGCCCGAUGGCGAAGGGACCCACCGUCACCGCCGAGAGCUGCAGGAGGGGGAGACCUUGUACAGCGUUUUCCACCGUCUGCUGUCCGCGAUCCUCUUCCCUGACGUACAAGGUGAACGAGCUCCGCUGCUGCACCGGAUCAAGGCCUCUGUGGCCGGUAACGCCCCUCUCCUCCGCGAAGCUUCUCGAAACACUGGGCGGAACGUCCUUCUCUGGACUCGUAGGGGCAGUCCUCUCCGUGCCCUCCUUGUCAUUUCUGUUGGGACGAUCACAGCUCUUACUUUGACAGGGUUGCUUGUCUUUAUGCUUUUCUUUCUGGCUGUAACCAUCAAUGCUAUUGUCAUAUCCCUUCUGGUGUCUUUGGCAGCAGCAGGUGGCUUCUUAGCCUUUUUCUUCACCUGUGUAACAUUCAUAUACAUUGGAGCACUAUCGGUUGCUGUCUUUGUUAUUUCCAGUGCUACAAUUUCAGCAAUUGUUGCUUCUUUGAUAGCUACAGGUUGGAUCGGAUUCUUCCUUGCUUUGUGGCUGGCAACAAAGAAAAGCCUGGGCCUUGCUAAGCACUCGCUGACCAUGACUGGUUCAGCACUCUCAGCUUACUCUUCUGCCAAGCAUGCUCGCCACCAUCAUCAACCAAACAAGGUUUCAGAUUGAGAAGUUACUGCAAAUAGAGAAGUCCACGUGUGUAUAAAAACUUUACUACUUAUGAUGCCUUGUUAGAUGGUUAUGCUUUUUAAGACAAAAAAUUGAUAAACGCACAAUACUUUUCACAAUAUAUUUCACGAUCAUGUUUUAAAAUGAGGGAUAUUAUUGUAAAAUAACAUAUAAAAGUAAUACAACUUUACAAAACUACCCUCAUUUUACAUCAUGUAUUGUGAAAAGUGUUUUGUGAAUAUCAUUACUCUUUUGAGACAUGGCUGUUAUCAUGAUGUUGUGUUGCUCAAGUAAUCUGUUAGACCGUUGGCUUAUCCGGUCAUUUAAUAAAUAUCAUGGCCAAUGUUUUAUCCUACCAGAAAAUUCUAAUAUUGUAUUGGUACUUGGUUUUUCUGUUUGA